CUUUAUGUACCCAGGCUUGGAUGUUUAGAUAAAGGAACACUGCAAACACUUUCCAGGCAAAUGCUUUUAUUUCGUGACCAGGGAUGACACCCAAGUUUCUGAUGCAUGGAAGCACUAUGUAUGACCACCACAUAAUUUAGUGGUUAAAGUCUCCGAAUCCUGUUGGAGAUCGCAGUCUAAGUAUUUUCCUUCCAAGCAGUCCCGGCUGCUUUGGGGUGGCAGACACCAAGCACCAGUCGGUGCACACCUAAGUUCUGAGGGGACCUCAGGCCUAUAGAUGCCACACGAGCCCCCAACAUGGCGCCCCCUCCAUGGCGACGCCCCGCCCCAGGCACCGAUCGGCACCGCCUCCCGAGAGAGCGCUGCCUCUGAAUGGAGCAAACUUCAGACCGGCGUUCGGAAGAACCAAUCAGAGCGCGCCGCUGUCCCAGCCCUCGCUCGGCAAGCCAAUCGGGAGGAGGAACAAAAGGGGGUGUCGGCGGAAGCGCGGUGCUGGCGGAAGGCUGAGGGGAGCGCGGCGCGCAGGUACUUUCAUCUGGCAAAAAUGGGUGAGCCCCAGCAAGUGAGUGCUCUUCCUCCGCCUCCAAUGCAAUAUAUAAAAGAAUAUACUGAUGAAAAUAUCCGUAAAGGCCUGGCACCAAAGCCACCUCCGCCUGUGAAAGACAGUUACAUGAUGUUUGGUAAUCAGUUUCAGUGUGAUGAUCUAAUUAUCCGACCCUUGGAAAGCCAGGGUAUUGAACGCUUGCAUCCUAUGCAGUUUGAUCACAAGAAGGAAUUAAGAAAGCUUAAUAUGUCUAUCCUGGUCAACUUCCUGGAUCUCUUGGAUAUCUUGAUAAGGAGUCCAGGGAGUAUAAAGCGAGAAGAGAAACUGGAGGACUUGAAACUGCUCUUUGUUCAUGUCCAUCAUCUUAUAAAUGAGUACCGCCCUCACCAAGCUAGGGAGACCCUGCGAGUCAUGAUGGAAGUGCAGAAACGUCAGCGUUUGGAAACUGCAGAACGAUUUCAGAAGCAUUUAGAGCGAGUUGUGGAGAUGAUUCAGAACUGCCUGGCUUCUUUGCCUGAUGACCUGCCUCACUCAGAGGGAGGACUGCGAGUGAAAACAGAACCAAUGGACACUGAUGAUGGCAACAACUGCAUUGGACAGAGUGAAAAACAGAGAGAGCGUUCUGGUUGCAAGAGAGAUCAGGUUUUAGACAAAGAUGCAGCUAUGUGUAGCAUUAUUGAUGAAAUGACAUGAAAAAACUUCUUACAUUAGCUCACUACAAGGAGAAGCAGAAUAGAUUCUGAGGGUCUAUGUUAUGUUUUGUUUUCCUGUUAUACAAGCAGUCAAAGCAUUUAUAGUGCACCUGUUGGGGGGGAGGUUGUGAGCGACUAAGCAGGUGAAAAUGUUUAAUAUUUUGUGAACUGUGUGUGUAUUGUUAAAAAACAAAAAUGUGUGCUUUUUGUUAAAUGAUUCAUGUGAGGUGGAAGCCACAUAUUAAAGUUAUUUUUUCUGACUUA